GGACUUUUGGUUUGCUGUCAAAGUUGAUUACGACUGCAUGACAAGAAUAAAUACCCAUCUCUUCUCUUCUUUCCUUAAUUCAACCUCAUUUACUCAUCACUACGUUUUACAAACCAAAACAUCAUGUCCAACAAUAAAUAUUCCGAAUCAGAGACUGUCCUUAUCAAACAGCAAUUCAAUGCCAUCGAUAAGGAUGGCGAUGGCUUCAUCACCGAGAAAGAGUUCAUUGAGUCUCUCAAGAACUUGAACCGUGAUCCUGAGGAGUACGAUAUUCAAAGGUUCUUCUCUCGCGGCGACAAUAACAAAGACGGCAAAAUCAAUUUUAAUGAGUUCUUGGAAGUCUACAUGACUCUUGGCCUCAACAACCCCAACUCAGUCUCGGGUCAGCCAAAGCAAAAGAGCGCCCAGGAGGUGAGUGCCAUCUUCCAGAGCUUUGAUCGUGAUGGUGAUGGGUCCAUCUCAGCAAAAGAGCUCAAGGAGGUCUUGGCCAGUCAAGGAGAAAAGCCCACUUCUUCUGAUAUCGAUGACAUGAUCAAGGCUGCUGACAAGAACAAUGAUAACAAGGUUGAUCGCGAGGAGUUUGCCAAAAUGGUUUAGUAUACCAUUCUGCUAUGCCCACCAGUUCUUCUUUAUUUAUUAUCAUAACUUCCGUAUAGUUUGUCCCAUUAAAAAUCGGGACAGCCCAUCUAGAUCAAGGAUAUUGUAAAAAGAGCAAGGAAUACAUUAGUGCAUAGAAGUAAAUAAAUUAACUAAAAAAUAUUGUCAAAUC